AUGCAAGAAGGUGAUCAAUCAGUGAAAUUUGUACAAAAGAAUCUAAAUACUUUGAAACAACUUAUCAACAAUAGUAACCGAAAACGAACAUUAUCCAUGUCAUCAACAAUUACAACAUCUUCUGAUGAUUCUUCAGCUAAACAACGACGACUUGAUACUGAUGAAAGUUUGAUUGAUUGCGACAGUGCUAGUAAGAUAAAUGAAUUAUUAUUUUUACAAAAGAAUCUAAAUACUUUGAAACAACUUAUCAACAAUAGUAACCGAAAACGAACAUUAUCCAUGUCAUCAACAAUUACAACAUCUUCUGAUGAUUCUUCAGCUAAACAACAACGACUUCAUACUGAUGAAAGCUUAAUUGAUUGCGACAACAUGAAGAUUUUUUCGGAUUAG